AUGGCCCCAGAAGAUAGGCAGUAUUUAACUAAAGGGGUUCCUGUAUAUGCAAUGGUGGUGGCAGCGGCCACAACAAAGGAGUUAGCUGAAAUUUCUGUAUCUCUUCAUCCACCGAACAAGGAUUCUUUGCCCGAAGUGACGAAACCAAGCCUAAGCCAACCAGCAGCCGCCAGCCCAGUUGGCAGCUCUCCAUCGCCACCUGUAAACGGUGGCAACAAUGCCAAAAGGGUGGCAUUACCGAACGGUCAACCGCCAAGCGCCGCCCGUUACAUGCCUCGGGAGGUGCCUCCGCGAUUCCGUUGCCAGCAGGACCACAAAGUGUUACUGAAACGUGGACAGCCUCCACCACCAUCUUGUAUGCUUCUUGGUGGCGGGGCUGGACCACCUCCUCCUCCCCCCCCUCCCCCUCCUCCAGCAUCUGGAGUGAACCCCAACAACAACGCACAACCAGCAUCUGGAGCACCUCUGCAGAGUGAUAGUGGGACUUCACCAGAUGCAACAACUGGGGGUGCUGCUACUUCAAAUUAUGCAAAUCCCAACUGGGGCCCUGGAGUGUCCUCCAGCACCAACGGCACCACCACCAAUCCUAAUCGUUGCUGGGAGAAGGUGAUUGUAGACGGGUCUGAUAUGGAUGAGUGGCCUUGUAUUUCCAGUAAAGACACAGAGUCAUCUUCCGAAAUUAUCACCGAUAACAACAGUGCCUCGAACCCUGGUUCAGAGAAGAGCACCCCUUCAGGGGGCACAUCUAUCUGCAAGGGAAAAGGAAGUCAGUGUCAAACUGGAAGUGCUAGUAAUGAAUGUACUUUGGGAGCUUGGAACUCUGGUCUAAAGCCUAAAGCUGUUCAAUCUUCCAGUCCUGCCCUUGACGGCAGUGGUGGACUUGGAAAUUGGAAAACCUUGUGUGGCCAGGACAGAGUCAGUCCCAUUUCCAGUUCAAGCAAUUUUAACCCAAAUACCAACCCAUCUGCUUGGCCAGCACUUGUCCAGGACACCAGUUCUAGGAAAGGGACUUCGGAGUCUGAGUGUGGAAACUCCAAUGCACAGCUUAGCACAACAGCUCUGAAUUCUAGGGAUCAGCAGUUAAAGAUGGAAAAUGCGGGUGUUAAUUGGAAUUUUCCUGGUGGAGAGCAAAUUCAAAUGCAUAACACUGAUGGACCAAAAAAUGAAAACACUAACUCCUUGAACUUAAACUCGCCAAACCCUACAGAGAAUAAGGGAAUAACUUAUGUAAUGGGUCUGGGGAACCCUUCCAGGAAUGCUGAUACCCCUUUACAAAGUACUGCAGAGAAAAAAUCUGGGAGUGCAGGAUCUUGGGGUGGGGUUAGGGGUGCUUCUGGAACUGACACAGUAUCUGGACAGAGCAAUUCUGGAAAUAAUGGGAACAAUGGAAGGAAUGCCGAUGAUUCUUGGAAAGGUGGUCCUGUUCAAAAGCCUAACGGAUCAAGAAGCGACUCUUGGGACAGUAGUAGCAGGUCCACUGGUGGAGGGAGUUGGAACUUUGGGGCUCAGGACCUGAGUGAAAGCAGACGAUGGACUGAAGGGAGCAAAACAUCUGGGGUUUCUCAGGGAGAUUGGAAACAGUCUGGGUCUGAAGAACUGAAGAUUGGGGAAUGGAGUGGUCCAAACCAACCAAAUUCUAGCACUGGAGCAUUGGACAAUCAAAAGAGCCACUUCCUACCUGAAAACCAAGGCAGUUCCCAGACAGUGUUUUGGGGUAGGUCUUCCAGCUCCACAGGAAGUGAGGUUGGAGGUCAAAGCACUGGAAGCAACCAUAAAACAGGAAGUACUGACAGCCGUAACUCUGGCAGUCGGUCACAUAGGGUUCCACCUACUGAUUCACAGGUAGUCUUGCAAAAUUUUCUAAGUAGAAGUGACUUGGACCCCAGGGUGCUUUCAAACUCUGGGUGGGGCCAAACUCAGAUUAAACAGUUCACAUCUUGGGACAUUGAAGAGUCACCCAGAAGGGAGUCAAAGUCUGAUAAAGGAACAGAUGGGUGGGAGAGCUCUGCCACACAGACAAAGAACUCAGGGGGCUGGGUGGAUGAACCUAGCCAAAGCAAUCAAAUAAAGUCUGGAUGGGGUGAGCCUCCUACCCCUGCUGAAUGGAAGGAUCUCAAAAAUCAGACAGGGCGAGUUGAGUUUAAGAAUAGUCCUGGUUGGUGUGGAAGGCAAGAUGAAAAGACUUCUCCAUCUUGGAAUAAUGGUGCCAACAACAAAGAUCAGGGAUGGUGUGGGAGGCAGACAAAUCAGAGCUGGUCAUCUGCAAAGAACAGUUGGGUAGAAAAUACUGAGCCAGCAAAAGGUAGUGGCUGGGAUGAUGUGGGAAGUAAGCCAACCUCUGGUUGGACUGAUAACAGUCAAAAUGAAAUUGGAACUUGGGGCAGUACUGCAAGUGCAAAUACAAAUUCAGCUCCAGGUUGGAGUGAACAGCCUAAACAAGCCAACUCGUGGAAUAAGCAGCAAGAAACCAAUGCCCCUUGGUGUCCACCACCUGGCAGUGGGCGCCCAUCAAAUCCCAACUGGACUAGUGGGCCGAUACCAGCUCCUUUGAAAGAUGACGAACCCAGUGGCUGGGAGGAACCUUCUCCCCAGUCUAUUAGUCGAAAAAUGGACAUUGAUGAUGGUACCUCUGCUUGGGGUGAUCCUAAUAGUUACAACUAUAAGAAUGUAAACCUGUGGGAUAAAAAUAUGCAAAGUAACGGGCAGCCAUCACGAGAACAGAGCCUGGGUAAUGCAGCUGCAAGCAAGUGCCAAGCUGGUUGGCAUGAAAAUGUGACCUCUACCACUGCUACCCCAGUCGAUAAUGGUACAUCUGCAUGGGGAAAGCCAAAUGAGACUGGUUCAGGAUGGGGUGAUCCAGAUGAUACCAGAACCUCAGCUACAGGCUGGGGGAGCUCACCUGCAAACCCUCAAAAUGCAAUGAAAUCCAGUUCAAAAUCUGUUCCUGAUGGUUGGGGAGAGAGUGACAGGGCUGUGUCUGGAAAUCGUCAUUCAAACUGGGAAGAGGAUGAAGAUGAAGGAGUCUGGAGUUCAGGCUCUCAGGGAACCAGUUCCACUUACAAUUCAUGUAGCUGGGGUCAGGGAGGCAAAAAACCUUCAAGUAAGAGUUCGCUAAAGGCUUCAAACACUGAUUCCUGGAUUAAUCCUCUUUCCAAGCAGAUGUCACAGAUGGGAUUGCUGAAUCAUCAUGAUGAUCCUACAGGCAGCAAGAUGGACAUAUCAGUGGCAGGAGGGCUCUCAGAUAAGAAGGCAGAGACAGAGAAACGAAUGAUGAAUCUUGGGGAAAAUGGAAUUAUGAGAAAAGAUCGAUCAGCUUUCCGUCCACCCAUUUCCAAAGAUGUAGGAGCCAUGGAUAGUGGCCCUUAUUUUGAAAAGUUGACCUUGCCUUUCUCCAAUCAAGAUGGGUGCCUUGGGGAUGAGGCCCCCUGCUCUCCUUUCUCCCCUACCCCCAGCUACAAACUGUCUCCCUCUGGUUCCACACUACCCAAUGCCAGCCUUGGAGCAAUCGGCUCGGGGCUCAGCCCCCAAAACUUCAGUGCUAGACAAAUUGGCGGUCACGGUUUGUUUGGGAACACCACUCAGUCAAGAGGAAUGCACAACAGUCCAGUGCCUCCACUGAACAACUCCACCAACCUCCGGGCUCCAAUGCCUCCGCAGUUCCUUUCUCCUCCGGUGUCUGCCUCCAUGCUGAAACAUUUCCCUGCAAACAACAGCUUAAACCCAGGACUUUUUAAUAUGGGCCCACAGCUUUCACCACAACAGCUUGCCAUGCUCAGCCAGCUUCCACAGAUACCACACUUCCAGUUGGCUUGCCAGCUUCUCCUGCAGCAGCAGCAGCAGCAGCAGCAGCAGCAGUUACUGCAGAACCAGAGGAAGUUCUCUCAGGUAGUCAUGAGGCAACAACAAGAACAGCAGAUUGCCAGAAUGGUAAAUGCACUUCAGCAACAGCAGCAGCGGCCUCCUGGGAUGAAGCAUUCGCCAUCACACCCAUCUGGUCCCAAGCAACACUUGGAUAACAUGGUACCAGGAGUCUUAAAUGUGGGGCUGUCAGAUCUACAGGCUAAAGCACAGAUGCCGGGUUACAAUGCAGGUUAUGGCUCUAAUGUGAACCUUGCUGCCAUGGAUUUUAACAAUAUGGUAGGUGGAAAAGAAGGUGGGACUGAAUCUCGAUUCAAGCAGUGGACUUCGUUAAUGGAGGGACUACCUGGCAGUAUGCCUCCUGACCCCAGCAUGCACAAAAAUGGAGCUAUUGUGCCCCCUACAAAGCAUCGUGGUGGAUCACCUUAUCACCAGUUUGAUAUUAUGGGUGACUCGCUUGCCACAAAUCCUGGUCCUGGCAGUGACAGCUGGUUGUCUGCAAAAUCGUCACCGACAAACAAGCUUGGAAACAAGUCCACAAAUCCCAGCUGGCCUCCAGGGUCUAAUUCUUCCCUCAACACCUCGCUGCCUUCACCCGGUGCCUGGCCGUACAGUGCCUCUGACAGCUCCUACAUACCCAACACUUCAGUGAAGUUUGAUUUCAAAUCAUCCUGGUCUCCUGAUCCAAUUGGACCUAACCCUGCAUCCUUGUCUACUAAGAUGUGGAGAAAUCCAGUGCCCUCCAGGAACACUACAGCUGUACCCCGGCCACCACCAGGCCUGACAAAUCAGAAACCUUCAUCUCCUUGGAGCAGCACGGCACCUCGAUUAGGAAGGGGGUGGGGGGGGCAGGAUGUCAGAUAUUCCUCUGGCUCUACCUGGAGCGAUGGUGGCUCAGUCAGAACAAGCUGCUGGCUGGUUCUUCACAAUCUCACUCCUCAGAUUGAUGGCUCCACCUUGAGAACCAUCUGCAUGCAGCAUGGCCCACUGCUGACAUUCCAUCUGAACCUGACACAGGGUACAGCACUGAUUCGAUACAGCACCAAACAAGAAGCAGCAAAAGCCCAGACUGCACUGCACAUGUGUGUACUGGGGAACACUACCAUUCUAGCUGAGUUUGCUUCUGACGAGGAUGUUCGGAUACUUUUGGCACAAGCCCAGCCCCCUGCACCAACUCCUUCUGUACCAACAGCUGGAUGGCAGACUAUGGAAACAGGACAAAACCAAACAGAUCCAGUUGGAGCAGGAUUAAAUCUCUUCGGUGGAUCAACAGGGCUUGGACAGUGGAGUAGUGGUGGCAACAACAGUGGUGGUGGUGACCUUUCUGGAGCUUCUUUAUGGGGACCUCCAAACUAUUCUUCAAGCCUGUGGGGAGCUCCAAGUGUGGAAGAUAGCCACAGAAUGGGCAGUCCCACCACUUUACUACCUGGUGACCUUCUGGGAGGAGGGUCAGAUUCAGUCUGAACUUAGAAUUUCAACUCUGACCUCGUGACCUUUUUUUGGAACCGCAGCAGCACUAACUUGACCUUUUUCAACUUGCAAUAAAUACAUUAAAAAAAGGAAAUGAGAAAAAAAAUGGAGAGAGAAGGUGGGUCACAGACAGAUCGUUGUCUGAGCACAUAGUUGCCUCCCUUAUAUAACUUCAGUUUGUGUUUUAUUGAAUCCAAAAAAUUGAACAUAUCACUCUUGAAAUACUUGAAUCAUGAGCGCCAACCUAGAAAGACAAUGUGAAGAGAGUACACAUACCAUUUAAACUGAAAAAAAGAGACAAAAACAUAGUUUGUAGUUUUCCACUUUUUUCAUGUUAUAUGGAAGUUGUUGCUAAGAAACAUAUACUGAAAAAUAGCUUUUUAACUUCGUUUGCACUGGGUGCGUUUCCGUCCUUCAGUCUACCACGGUGAAAAAAACCAUGAACUUGACGGAACCUCACUUUAAAAACAAACAAAAAUUAAAAAAAAAAAACACUUGUGAUUGCUGGUUAAGAGAGACCAGAGUGUUCUGGCACAUGUACUGCGUGUGUGUCCAAUCCAUCAUUUGAAAAGUUACAUAUGGGGCCUCCAGAGGCGCUGCUUCUGUUUGGCAAAGGGAGCAUUGCUGUGACUGGGACAUUGCUAAUGUUACUGUGUUUGACAAAAGAUAUAAGCUGUGCCACGAUUCGUAGUCAUGUUAUAUAGUAAAUGUACAGAGAGCACUGUGGAUUAUAAGACUGCUAUGCAAGACUUUUACCCACACCAGUCAUUUUGUACUUGAAUUCACCUAGUUUAUAGUAUGGAUGGGACAUGCAAAGGCCGACUCAGCUUUGACAGUUUGUCUUAAUUGUAGAAAAGCAAAAAUAUAACACUCAAAUGGAUGAUUUCCAGCUGAGUUAUGAGAACCAUGCCCCCUUACAAGUGAAGAUAAACUGCACAGUACUGUAAUAAGCUGAGCUGGGGUGCAGUCUGUAGACUUGUUAGAAAUUUCAAAAAAGAAAAGGUUUAGCUUUCCUGAUAGAAUCUAUUAGGUCAGAAGCAGGAUUGCAUGCGUUGAGUAAAUAUACCCCCAUGGUGUUAAAGAAUUGGAUGCCUAACCUGUGAAAUACAGUAGGUUUAAUGGUCAAGGGCAGCUAAGAUGAAAGUACUAAACUGACAUUUUUUAAUUGCUCUUACCUGCACUAAUUGAAAUGGGCUUUUAUUUUGUUUUUUAUGGUAAGGGUGAAAUCACAAACUGUUAGCAGGCUAGGAUUUGAGUUUUAUAGACUUUCUUUCACUGCAACACUGUGCAUAUCUUUAGGCAGUCUAAACUGAUGGCAGGAUUUGGUUUGUUGAUCGUAUGUUCAAGCUCUUAGCUGUCAUCAUUGUGUUAAGACGGGGAUACACCUGAGGCAGCAGAGUUCUUCAUAAAAGUCAGUACCAUUCACUACUGCCAGCCUGCUAGUACUGCAUUAUUUUUGGGAGGGAGGACUUGGGUGAAAAGCACUGUUUUGGGAUGUAGCAUUAGUCCAGGCUUUUUCUGUGUUUAGCAGUAUCAUCUGCUCAGCUUGCUUACAAAUCAUUGUAUACAUUUGCUUUUAUGUGAAGGUAAUUCCAGAGCAGUUUUCUGUAGAAUGUCCACCCCCCCUACAAAACCAUCAUUGCUGCUACAUUUUAAAGACAAUUAGUCCUCAGCAAGAAGGUAUUAUCAUAAACAUAGCUUUUGUGGGAGGGGUGGUUAAAAUCUGUAAAUCUUGCUAAAAAUUUUAAUGUUUAUUUCUGACCUCUUACAGCAGGAAAAAUUAAGCCAUUUGCUUAAUGUGUCUUCAUCGCACAGUCCUAUCACCCCAGUCUGGAUGCUGAGUACACCCAGCCAUAAUGUUUACUGUCUGAAUAAGCAUUACUUGUGCCAAACCUCGGUAUGCUAUAAUGCCAGUCUAUCACAGGUGAAAACGUUUACUUAACAAAUGUUCUUAAAAAAACAGUGUGUACUUUUUAAUUUUUGCCCUUUUUUUUCCCCUGUGUGUUACGUAUUUUAUAUGUGUGUAUGUGUGUGCGUGUGUAUUCGCGUACAGAUGUUUGCCUAGGCAAAGUAUAACUAGCAAAGAUAUUUUUUGAAAGUAUUGCACCUUUUUGUUAUGUUUUACUUAUACUGUUGCUUUCUUUGGCUGUAUUAUUUGAAGAAUAUUUUGGAGCAUCAUUGUAGAUUAAGUGGGAAUGUGGAGAUUGUGACUUGAUCGGUCUGAUUAUUUUUUUUUGGGGGGAGGGGGCAGUGUUAAGUGACUCUUGAGGUAAAUAUCAAGAAUUCCCUGUUUAGUUUCCUGCAGUUUAAAGUGCCUGUUAGUGGCUUCCCAUCAUCAGAUGGUUUAGAUUUCCUUUUUCAUUAUUUUCUUUCUGGCUUUUUAGGUGUCCAGAAAGCCUUAUCAUAUUGUACAACCACUUCUAUCCCAAUGCAAAUACUAACUUUUGAAUUCAUAAGCUAAACAUUGUAUGGAGAUCAUGCCGCACUGGUUUUCCAGGAUGAUUGUUUGAACUGUCUUGUAUUGCUGCUGUGAUUUCAGUAGCUCACAUGAGUUUGACAACCAGCCAUGCUGGGCAGCCUUAGCUAGUAGUCCCACAUUCCACACACUUUGAUCAGUACAUACAUAUGUUGGACUAAGUUGAUAUAACUCCAGUAAUUUAGUUGCUGAUUUUUUAAAUGUUAAAAUAACUGAAUUCCCUAAAUAGUGCCACAGUGAAAAUUAGGCAGUAGAUUUAAAGACCUGACAGCAGUUAAGAAAUCAAAAUGAUAAUAACAGUUGUAGUAGAGUCCAUUUUUUUAUUAUAUUUGUAUUCAUUCAUUCCCAUUCUUUGUUUUUGACAGUUGCUUGAAAACUGUUCUAUGGUUCCUGUACCAAAUCUAUUAAGUUGCAUUACAUUCCCAUUUUAAUGGCAUUGUAAUUGUAUUCCUAGUAGAAUAUUCAACGUCGUAAACAUGUAUUGGUAUUUGGGUGGUAGGCAACAGAGGUAAAAAAAAGUUGAAAUGAAUUAAUGGUAGCCCUUACUUUUAAGAUUUUCAGUAAAAUAUGAAAUUCCUGGUAGUAUGUUGGAAACCAUGUACAAAGGUCUUCUGCUGUCUGGAGGCAGUCCCAGCUAUUGGCAAACUGUGCGUGGUCUUUCAUACAGCAGUUAUACAGAAGAUGGAAGAUGAGCCUUGUUGCCUACAGUUUCCCCAUUAAUAUUUCUGUAUAACAUAUGGGAAACUUAUCGAUGUAUGUUGUAAAUAAUUUUAAAAUAACUUUAAGUCUUCUCUGUCUCUCACAUUUGAUUAGUAAAUGUCCUUGGCCAACAUGCAUGCAACACUUGUCUGGUAGCCGUUAACACUAGCUGUGAUGGUCAUUUGUGGCUGUAACACCUUGUUUAAUGCAGUACAAAGUGCUGUGCAAUAAUGAAGCAUCAUUAAUGCAACUAAAAACCUGCAGCCUGUACACAGUUCUGUUCCUCCAUUCACUUAUGGCAGUGUAAGCUAUGUUAAUGUCCUUAAGUUUUUUUUUCCAAUUGUUUCAGGGAAUUUUUACUUGUGUUACUCUGGAUGUUUAACUUGCUGAUUACAUUAAUGUUUUGUAGUUAGGAAAAAAAAAUCAGUCAACAGUGAUUUGGAAAGCAAAAGUCAUUUCUCUUCGUAUUGUUGUUGUUGUUCUGAUUUACUAGUUCCUUGAACUAAGAGAAUGUUAUGGUGGGGGUAGCCCAGGAAAAGAAAUGAAGAUGGUAGAAACUAAAUUAGCAUUUUUGAUCAUUGCAUUGUUUACUUGAUCCUGCAUGGGAGUUCCCAGUGAACAUACCAAAAUGUUUUCUCGCACUUAAAAAUUUCUUAGUUGUGGAUGUGACUUCACUGCAGGGUUGUCAGCAUCUUUUGCAAAGGACUUUUGCUAAGAAGGGUGUACUUGAAGUUGUAUGCAAAGUAAUUUAUUGAUGCAAAAGGAUUUUGCAGUGUAAGUAGCAUAUGCUUAUCUUUUUGGAGGUACAACUGCCAGUAUGCCUUUUGGCUCAUUCCCUUUGAGGUGCAGUGUAGCAUAAAUUCAUGUCCCUUGAUAUUCUGUCAUGACACUCCCAAGCCACUUUUCCUUGGGAAAGUGUUAUACUUCCCUUGUACUGUCAUCUCUUAGUUGUGCACUCAUACUACCUGGAAAUCAGAUUGUUCUGUUUUUCAGUAUCUUGCAUAGUUGGUAGUAGUAGUUGCUAGCUUGUUAUUUUAGGAUUUUGAGGCCUUCUGUCUGCACUGGUAAUAUGCAGCCCCCCAUCCCCCAUCAGAAAAAAAGAAAAAGAUCCUGUGCCUUCUUUGCUGGUGCUUGGCAGUAUGUGUAUCUCAGAUUUUUAACCAGAGUAGGGCUCUUGUGUUUAAUUACUAGCUUUGUGCACCAUUUGCAUCAUUACUCAUUCUUAACUGUAUAAUUCCAGUAUGUAUAAUUAACACUCAGAACUGUUACAUCUAGCAGUGCUUGGCACAGUUGCUUGUGGAUAUCUUAUGGCCAUGCCUUCUAUGAAAAGUAGUACAACUUUGCACUGGAAACAGCUUGACAUUUUUAGUGCUGUGUUGCCAUUGUUCAUUGUUGGUAACAGUGUUUCCAUCAUGGUGAAGGUAGCCCACAUAAGGUACUAGAUCUUUGAUCCAUUUAAGCAGUCAUUGAGGCAUAGUUUUGUGUAUUCUCCCAGCAGAGAACGUGUCCACUUAGUGAAAUUGCAGCAGAUCACUUACAAGUCUUGCCUUUUCCAAAUAGUUUUAGAUCUGUACCCUCUUCUUAGUAUGAUGCACAGUGGAAAGGAUUUAAAAUGCUUGAAAUGAAGGUAUAAUGUUAAGUUAGUGGGAGUAAGACUGAGUAGCAGGAGGGUUCAGUUUUGCCUGGGUUAAAGUUAGAGUGGUGGAGUCCUUUUGAAGAAAACAAAAUACCUUCACCCACCCUUAUGGGCAAAGUGAUGAUGUACAGAAGUUAGGAAGUGCUAUGAAAGGCUGCAAGACAUGUGUGGGGUCUUCACAUCAUUGGGUACCAUGUGUGCUGCUUGUCUCUAGCUAUUAACCCUUCCCAUAAAAUUUCUUUGUGGUCCUGCCUUGUUUUCUCUUUCUGUCCUUUUCCGGCUUCCUAUCAGGUGUUCUGCAAUUUCUUAGCCAUUCUUUGCUCACCUGAUAAGUUUCUGAUCACUUUAUCUUAGUUAUAGUUCAAAGCAUUUUGCUACAGUGAAGUCUGGGUGCUAGAUACUCUUCUUGUUUACGAAAACAAAAUGAGGGGUUAAAUUAACUGUUCUUCCAUUGUCAACUAAAAUAUUAAAAAAGUUAAAUUUAGUAUAAACAAAUGUUAACUCUGGGAGAAUGUAAUUGUGUGUUUUUUUUUUUUUUUAAUUUUCGUUGUUUUACCUUUUUUAGAGAUUCAUUCUCAGGUAUUUUAGGGUAGGAAGGCAGUUAGAAGCAUUCAUUUUUCCAGCCUUUUCUAGAAGUACAGGUACUGCUGAUUUGUCCUAGUGUAAUUUUUUUCCUUCUUUACCACUUGAGACUUUAAAAAAACUAAACUAACUGGAGAGCAACCUCUUCUUUCAUAUUACAAUUAUUUCACAAUCUAGUCCUUACUAGAGGAGCACUUGUACACCUUCUGGCAAAAUGGGUUAACAUGUCAAAACCUAAUUUCAUUAGUUUUUGUGUGCAUGUGUACUGUGUGCUUCAGUUAGUGCUGUUUUGUUUACAAAAAGCCUCGGAGAUUUAAAUGUUUAUUUGAGUUUUAAGUUGUUUUUGUUAAAUGAAAAUAGCCCUGUGUUUGUCACCCAAAUAUAUUGUGUUUGGGCUUACCGUUGUUAUUUAGCUAUAGAGAAGUGUUACGCUGCUCUAUUUUUGUGUGUGAUAGGAAGUGAUAUAUAGUCAGAUGUGACAGCUGUAGUUGUCAAGAGAAAGAUAUUAAAAGGUAAAAAUGUCAACUGUUUUUAAACCAGGUGGUAAAAGUGAAAAACUGGGAACUUGAGUUUUACUGCUGCAGAGAUCAGCCUCAUUGAUGGGAGGAUUCUAGAAUCUGUUGAUCUAUUUUCUGAUUUUUUUCUACCUCCCCUUGUCCUAAUGUGAGAGUUUAGAAUCCUAUGCAGUAGGUAGAUUGGACACACUCAAUUGCCCGUAGGUGUGAGUGUGUGUGUGUGGUAUGGUAUGGAAGAACAGCCAUGGCAGGACUAGCCCAACUGGUGGUGUGAACCUUAUCUCUAUAUGAUUGUCACUGUUAGAGUGACACCCCAAUGAUCCCAUGUGUAAAAAUGGGAAAACUGGUUAUGGAUGGGAUGAUCAUCCAGAGAGUAGCCAGGAGAUCUGAACAUUAUGUUCAGGUAGAAUGCUUGCUCUGUCUCGUUCUCAUGCUCUCACACUCACUCCCUUGCUAUUUUGGGUUUCUGACUAAUGUUAUUUGGCUAUCCUGUGCAGUGUGAUCUACUGCUGGCCUGUCAAUAUCUCUAGAAAAUCUCCGUUCAAAAUACAGUUGGAAAAAAAACUUAUGAAUAUAAGUGCCUCAGUGAAUGUAGGGGGUAGCUGUAUUGUUAUGUGAUUUCAUUCCUGUUCCUUAACUGAGCAUUUUGUACAGAGGUUAAUUUUGUUACUUAUACAGCUCUCUGUGUUUUAUAACAUAGCUGUACGAAGUACUUAUGUUUGUUAAUGUAAGUAGAGGAAUUUUGGGGGCAAUUUUCAUUCCAGUUGGGUGCCUCAUCCUGUUAGCUAGAACAAGCUAGCUGACACUAACUGGCUUACAGUGUUUGAAGGAUGCAGUCUGAGAAGAAUAUGUAUAUAAUUGUGUCAGGUCUGUGACUGAGAAAGUUAUGUAUUGUUUAAUGAAGAUGGUAGUCUUGGAUCAUAAUUGUAGCUGACAUUGUUUGGUAUUCGCACUAGACAGCUAGAAGAAAUAUGCAAGUAGUGAGUAAACUGCAUGGCUUCUGACACAACAGCGGUUAAGAAUAUACUGUGCAGUUGAUCUUUUCUUCUGGUCUGUUUUUCUCUCGAGAAGUUGGAUUUACCAUCCACAAAAAUUUGGCACUUUCUACAUGGGGAGGGUGAUAUGGGGUUUCCUACAGUUUGUCUAGCAGGUCAGUAUGAGAUGUUGUUUUAGGUUGUCUUUCUACAUUUGCAUUAUCUAACCUUCGUUUUAAUAAAACUGAUUCAAACAUCAGCAUUUUGGGAAACGUGGACCAAUAAAUAAGAUCUGCCCUGCUUAUUUUACACUAGUUACCUCUGAGAUGCAAGGUGUGAUGCACGAUUACUCAGAUGAUCAGUCCGUUUUGAAUUAGAAAUUUGCAUUAGUGCCAUUGUGUGCUCUUCUGAGGAGGGACUGCAUUUUUCUGAGUAAUAUGUGCAGAGCUAAUAGGUAGUUGCAGGCGUCUUUUUCUACCUGUCUUUGUUUUGGUCUUCCUUAUCUUCUGCCCCUUUAUUUUUUAUGCCUAAUUCAACUCCUGAACUUUAAGACCUGCUGAGAAUUUUUUGGGGCACUUUUUGUUACAUGCAUAUCCCUCACAAGUAGCUAAAAUCAGGUUGUUUUAGGUUUGCAUCCUCAUUGCUUUUUCCUGGAUAUUUUUAAAUUAACAUGUUCUUAGGAUUGUCCCCUUGAGGUUGUAAAUUUUAAGGUUCAUCCAUUUGUGGUCAGUGAACACGGUUUGAAACUAUAUUUGUUCUAGUUAGUACUACAGGUUAUCACAUUAGCAACUACUUAGAAUUCUAGGCCUCUUGGACAUAGCCUUAGUGCCCAUUGCUGCUGCAGAUUUGACCCUUUGACACAGAGUUCCAAGAAGUUGCUUUCUUCUAAAGCUAAUAGUUAUUAUCUGUGAUAGAUGGAAGGUGAAAGAAUUAGCACUAGUUGUGGUUUUGUUUUUCACACUAUCAGGCAUUAGCAUGAGUUAAGUAACCAUAUAGCAUUACUUGGAAUGUCUGAGUUAAGAAAGGCCAUAGUGACACCUAUUUUUGAGAUGCCAUAUUUUUGUCUUGUUAGAAGAUGGGCUGCUAGAUGGUCUUGUCUUUUAUUCUGUGGUUUUCUUCUUAGUGGUUUGCAAAUUGUGAAGAGCAGACUAAUAGCUGUUUUUAUAUGUAUUUUUUCAGGAGAUAUUUUGUUACAACUUUCCCUACUGCCUCAUGAAUCUUGAUGUGCGUUUCAUGUUGUUGCUAAGAGAUUGUAUCUUAAAUAGCAAGAAGUACUCUGCUGCCUUGUUUGUUUUUGCCACUCUCAUUUUCUUUUCUUUUUUGACACAUUUCGUAUACUUGAAAUUUUCUUGGCAUGACUGAAAGAUGAAUGGUUUAUGUAGAUAAUUUGUACGUACAUGUGUAUGCAUACAUCCAUGCAUAGUAGUGUAAACACCUGGGUGGGAUUCACUUUUAUCAGUGACUUAUUUCAGUGUGUUUUGAAUCUGUGUAGCUCAGUGCAGCAUAUUUAAAAGGGAACAGCUUAUGUACUUCUGGUGACAAAACCAUUUGUACUAAUACAGAUGAAAUUUAGUAGCGUAAGCUACUAAGUUUGUAAGGAGUGCAUUGUUAACCCACCUUUUUUGAGGAAGUUGCUUGGAGUUUGUUGUGUAACCCAAAAACUGCACAGGCCUUGCAGUUCGGAUGACUUUCUGAUAUGCUUAGACAAGGAUUAAUUGGGUUGCUGCUGAUGAAAGGCUGACUUACAUAUGAAUCGGUCAUGUGUUUUUUGUUAGGCUUCUCCUCUGUAACUGGCUGAAGAAUCAUACUGUUCUUCCAUACUUUAUAAUGGGGGGGCUGUGUGGUGGUAAAAUUGUUUUUAAUGGUGGAAGUUUUGUGUUCAGGAAAAUGCAAUUCAGAAUUGCAUUAACACCGUCGGUUUAGAGAGGGUUAAAGAAGUUGCUAAGAGUGAAUCUUAGAAUCUGUUAACAAUUUCUGACUGACUUGGUUGUCCAGUGAGAAUGGUAUGGGGGCAAAAGGCCGUGUCUUUUACCAGCAGUCACUUGAGAUAAUGCCAGAAAUGUGCCUUUGUACUGUGUGGUAAUAGUUAUCUGUAUAGACUAGCUGUAAGUUGGGUUGUUUGGGUUUGAGCAUUGAUGCACUGGGCAGUAUCUUGUUCAGUUCAGCACCGUACUUGCGCAUGACAUUUUGUCAUGUGUUUGGAAGUAGUAGUAAAUUUUGUACAAUAAAACUGCUGUCCUCAUUUUAAGUGCUGUAGCAUCUAAACAAAUGCAGUUAUUGUCAGCAGUAUUUCACACAAAUUUUGGCAAACUAAAAGUACUUGGCUUAAACUUUUGGCAGUUUGGUGAAACUUUAUCUGUUAAAGACACAAAUGCUUUGGGUCUAGAUGAAGGAUUCAUCUUUCCAAAGAAGAAGCAUGUUGUGUUUUUUAUGUAAGGCAUGUACAGUAUCUACUGAGAAGAAAUUGCUUCAACAAUGUUAGUGUACAAAACAAGUUUACAAAACCAUCACCCAGUUUAUCUGAAAUACUUAAGUCUGUCACAUGGUAUCAUGCAUUUUUUAAUCCCUUGACUUCAGCACAGUGAUAUUGCUAUUUAAAGGAACAGGGUAUUAUGAAAAUGUGUAAUUAUAGAUAAGGGUCAACAAUUUUCAUUAAAAAAAAAUCACUUUGUGAGAAGCAAGAUGUGCAGUUGAUGUAGUGAAGUGUUUAAAAUAGGAUUUGAAGUAUUUUUUCAUAUAAAUUCCAUAAAAAGCUACUAUAUGUCCUUUUUGUAGUUUACUAUGGAAAUAAAUGUGUGGUGUCUCCUUUUCAGUAUUUUUGUUUGAAGUUCUGACUACUGAGUACCAUGAAAUAUAAAUGCUAAACCAGUAUGGCAGGCUACUGUUGCUGCUUUCUCCACAAUAACUGCAUUUCUAUAGGCUGCCACGUUGAAACUUUUGCCCUCACAAGUUUGUUUUAUGCAACAAACAGUGAUAAGGAAGUUCUGAUGGCUUCAUUCUCAUUCCUCUCAAAUGGCCUUGAAAUGUAUUAUUAUUAUGCAAAUGUGAAUUUUUUUAUAUUGAACUGCGAAGAGUUAAAAAAAAAGUCCCAUGUGUGGUUGGGAAUGCUUUGAGUUUUUUUUUUUUUUUUUUUUGUUCUUUCAGUUAAAACUGUUAACUAUGCAUUCUGCAGAGGGUGAGGGUCAGUUUUGCUUAAUGUUCACCAGUUUUCUGUGUCCAUGCUACCUUACAAAAAGGGCUUUCUGAAAAGCACAGAAAAAUCUGUGCUAAUCUGUUUCGGUAGAUCUACAAACAGACUGCAUAGGGUGGAUGCCAGCAGGGUGAUUAGCCAGUGCAGGAAUGUGACAGGAGGUACUCAGAUUGUUACCACAUUACAGAGACCACAGUAAGUUUUGAUUUUAGCAGAAUUAUGGAGAGAAAUGAGAGGUAGGUUUAUGGAUAUUGUAUGUUUUAGAUGAAGUCAUCUAAAUCCUCUUCCCCAUCCAUAGCACAUACAUUUCUUUUAAUUUUAAACACACAACUUUAAAAGAGAGCCCCAAUCUUGUAUCAUUUACACACUUAGACUUAACACCAGUUCCAGUGUAUUAUUUGAAUGGCCCUUUUUAAAGUUCAGUUUAGUAGCAGAGCGACUUCGUUUUGCAAGUCCACACAAUGCAUAUUCUGUAACCGUAGUCUUAACUGAAGUGUGAGAGUAGAGAGUAAAUUUUUAGUCAUUGGUGGUCUGUCAUCUGCAUUUUGGUUCUGUCUCAGAAGUACAUGCAAGCAAGGAAGUGCUCUUACAGUUUUGAAGAGCAAGAAACCCCAUAGCUCAAAUCACUAAAAGGUCAAUUAACUGUCUUGUUGCACUUUGUGGUGGUAGAAAUAAUUUGUUGAUGUGCUGAUAUGAAACCUAUUCAGAGUUUUACUGUGUUAUUGUUAAAGCAUUCUUUGCACAGCCAGCAUGCUACUGUGCUGCCUUUUAAAGGGGAGUAUUUGUUUGGCCAGCAAAAAUACUGAUUGAAUAUCCCCAUUUCCUGUUUAUAUAAUGGGUGUGCACCUGUAUACUUGCAUAUGUGUGUAUGAUACAUGAAUGAGAACAGAUGUCUUGAUUGUAUUUUAUUGUUCGUGUUCAUGAAAACGGUGCUUUUAUGCUGAAGUUUUUACCUGUGUCUGUGCCACAGUAAAAGGAAAGUAGCAUCUUAAAUAAGUUUACACACUGGGGCUUAUUGGUUUUAUGUCAUGAUGCAUUGAUGCUCUGUAGUGUUGGAGGCAUUUCAUUUAAAUAAGCAGUUCCUUGAACAGUGUUAAAAGGCAAGCCUGUUUUCUCAUCCUUUUCUCCCUGUUGGCAUUCUGGGAGAGCUGACAAUGUAAUAUAAAGAAGGAUGAGUUUUUAUGAGAGGCACAUUAGCGAAUGUAAGCCAUUUGCAUUACCAAACCCAAUUUCCUUGCUACAUCCAAUGAGAACAGACAUUAGCAGCCCCCCCAUAGUCAAGUGCAGGGCUUACUUGUCCCUGUACUAGAAUAAACUUAAAGUAAUUUGGACAGCUACAAAACUAAUAUUUUGUAACUAAAAAGUCUAUGUACUCUGUGGAGUAAUCAUUAAAACAGGACUGAGUCAACAGGACAUUUGAAAACUUCAAGUGUAUGCAAAAACUUUAGUAAAUUUUGAUCAGGACAGUCAGCCUGUCUUGCUGUUAUGAGCAAAGUUUGCUAUAAGUCUGCUUAACACAGCAAGGCAAACAGUUUAACUAAUAUGCAUUGCAGAGCAUUGAAUCUCAGUGUCUAUGACCUUUGUCAUCUGUGGGGAAGUAUAAUACUUGUAGUUAGCAUAGCAGCCUACAAAAGGAGAAAUAUACUGUGGCUGCUACAGGAAGUAAAAUGGAUAUCUACGUGUAUAGAUGCAACUUGGAGCUAAUCCCAGACUUGUGUGUCGGAUCCAUUAUAUAGUUCUCUUCAGUGUAAAAUUAUCGCUCUGUUCUGCCACUUUACUGUCUAGGAUUUUUUUGUGUGUGUAGGAUUUUGCUUGUUUAAAAUAUAUUGAAUCUUUGUAUUGUGUAAGAAGCUGAUUUGGCUCAUUGUGUAUGAAUGUUGGUAAUGUGUUUAGUUUGAGAGAUUUAGGGAGAAAAGCAAAAUAUAUAUAUAUAUAUAUAUAUAUAUAUAUAUAUAUAUAUAUAUAAUAUAUGUCUAAAACUAAGUGCUUGAGCACACUGCCGCCACAAAUAUUUUAACUGUUUGUACUGUGUUCCUGAUUUCCUCUGCAGCCAAAGUUGGAUCAGUCCAAAUUGGUUAGUCCAAAAAGUAUAUAUAAUCUCCAGAACAUAUUGCAUGUUCUAAUUUUAAAUGCACAGGGUGAUAUUUAAAUUUAAAUGCACAACUGGAGUUGAAAAUGUAAGGUAAUAUAUAUGCUGUUAGAAGAGAUGUACUAGAAAACUUAAAUUCAGCUUUUCAGAGUAUUCAGGGUGGAGCUGUAAAAGUGCAGUUUAUUGUUAAUGUAUGCAGAACUUACAUUUGUGUCUUAUGUAUGGCAGUUAAAGGAAUGCUGUGUGUUGAGUGUGUAUACAUAUAUUUAAUUUAUAUAAAUGUGUGCAUGUGUCAAGAAUUUGGUGAGAGACAUUUUAGAGUAGCAUUUUUUUUAAUGUUUGUUCUUGAAAAUGGCUUGUAUUUAAAUAUGACCAAAACUUCUGUGUGUGUGUGUGUGGGGGGGGGGGGGGUUUGUUUUCCCAUCAAAAAAAUAAGUGGGCAUUUCUAAUUUCUAGAGACAGAUUGGUAUCCUUUUGAUGCCUGUAUAAGCAAGAUUGUAGAAGAACCUUAAUGAAAACAGCUAGAAAUGCUUAUGCCAUGAAAAGCUGACUUUAUAGUGUUCACCAGCACCAUCACUUCUGUAGCCUAGUUGGAACUCUUGGAAAAGGUAAAUGCUGAAUAACUUUGUAGAAAACUGAAAGCCACCACAGGAAACAUUUGUCUGUAGGUAUAUCUUUCUAGUAUGGUUUUUGAUCCUCGUAAAGAGCAGCACUUUUUAAUCCUUAGUAAAGUUUCUGUGGGUGUACAUGCUAUGUACCACCUUAAUUCAUUAAACAUGAAAAAAUCAGGGAUGGUGCACAUUACAUCAGCAGGUCUGAUUUGACUCUUAAUUUUAUGCCCCUUGCAUUGCUUUUUUGGACUUCUGUACUUGGACACAGAAACAACUGCACUUUGGUGGCACAUUUAGCACAAAAGACCAACCCUUUUAUAGUGUAGUGGUACUUAAAAUCACUGGCUCACUUAAGAAACAAAUGUUAAACUCUACUAAUGUAAAAAUAAGCUGAAAAUAUUGCAUUUGUGUGUUUUGCCAUAGCAGGUACUGUAUUUCUUAUGCUGGAUUUCAAAAGGGUGACAUUUUUAUGAGUGCAGCAGUUUAAGAAUAAGGAAUUAAAAGUCAUUGUCAUUUCAUUGAAACUGAGACAUGUUGUAAAUGCAUAUAUUAAACUUUCUGAAGUUUUUUGUUUUGCUUUUAACUACAGCUUUUUUUUUUUUUUUUUUUUUUUUUUGAAGACAUGAUUGUAUUAUGUGCAACUCAGUUGCUUACAUUAUAACUACAAAAAUAUUUUGGUUCCUGGAAAAGAAAUAAAAAUUAAUGUGUUUGGCUGCUAAGCAUUGAAA